AUGGCCUACGUUCUUUACAAUUACACGCCGUCGCUGGCCGCCGCUGUAAUUUUCGUCCUGCUCUUUUUCACGCUCACACUUGGACAUAUCUUUCUUGCCUGCAAGCAUAAACUCAAGUUUUUGAUUGCUUUCAUCGUUGGUGGCUUUUUUGAAUCCAUUGGAUAUGCCGCAAGAGCAGUCAAUGCACACACGGCACCAAACUACGCGACUAUGCCAUAUGCGCUUCAAAGCUUGUUCAUUCUACUUGGCCCCUCUCUAUUCGCGGCAUCAAUCUACAUGAUUCUCGGUCGCAUCAUUCGCUUGACUGAUGGAGACUCACGAUCCAUGAUUCGCGGAACUAGAUUAACCAAGAUCUUCGUUUCGGGCGACGUGUUGUCUUUUCUCGUUCAGAGUGGUGGCGGUGCACUUAUGUCCGGUGCCAAGACGGCCAGCAAGCUGAAGCUCGGAGAAGAUGUCAUCAUCGUGGGACUCAUCAUCCAAAUUAUCUUCUUUGGUUUCUUCGUUUCUGUGUCAAUCGUUUUCCACAAGCGGAUGUCAGGAAACCCCACCUCCGCCGCUAUGGGUAGUUCAUUCGAUUGGGAUCGCUACAUGAAAGUUCUAUACUUUGCGAGUGUCUUGAUCAUGAUCCGUUGCCUUUACCGAGUCAUUGAGUACAUUCAAGGAUCCACGGGUUUCUUGCAAAGUCAUGAGUACUUUGCCUAUAUCUUCGAUGGAACUCUUAUGAUGUGUGUCAUGGCUACCUUUAUUGUGUUUCAUCCCAGCCAGAUCUUUGCUGGUGUUCACAAGAAGUUGGAUGAAACAGAAUUGAUUUACGGACAGCAAGGUUACGCGCAGCAGGUUUGA